GGCCGCCGGCGAUGGGAAUGCCGUAGGCUUGGAACGUGCGGCGAGGUUGGCCAUAAAACUCCACGCACGACCCGAGCAAUUCCCGAGCAUCCCUCAGCCUCCCAACUCCAGCCUGAGCGGGCUCUACGAUGGCCGUCCUCCUCACCGCGCGGCUCGCGGCCCUCGCGGCCCUCCUCGUCGUCGCUGUCUCGGGCCAGUCCGAUAUCUCUAGCGCGGUUGCGUCUUCCGCUGUGGCAUCCUCAGCAGCAGUCUCGUCUGCCAUAUCUUCGGUAGCUGUCUCCAGUGCUGUGUCCUCGGCUGCCGUCUCCAGUGCUGCUGCGUCCAGCGCCGUCUCUGCAGCUGCGCCUUCUGCUGCAGCCACAAGUGGUGAUGUCGGGGAAGUCUCCGGUGUCUCGUACACCGUCUCGGAUACAUACACCAUCUACGGUAUUCCCGCCCCGACUAACCCUGCGUCUGUCGCAUCCUCGCCCACGGCCGGCGGCGAACCCCCCUAUAAUACUGGUCUCGGAACUGAAGUUGGCUGGCAGACGCUCUCAGUUUCCUCAUACGCCUUCACGUCCUACCCGGUCGCCUCUCCGACGGCCGACCCGCCGGUCUAUCCUGCGCUCUCCCCGCUCUACCCACCUGCGGUGGUUAAUGCCGGCCCGCAGAUCGUCCCUGACUUCUCCGAUGCCUGGGACGCCGCGUUCGCACGCGCAGAAGCGUUUGUCAGCACGCUCACGCUCGAACAGAAGGUGAACGUUACCACAGGUACCUACUGGGAGCAGGGCCUCUGCGUCGGCAACAUCGGUCAGGUCGGCGAUUGGCCUGGGCUCUGCCUGCAGGAUUCGCCGCUCGGCGUGCGCUACACGAAUCUCAACACGGUGUUUCCAGCAGGCAUUAUGACUGCAGCAACGUGGAAUCGCACGGCGAUGCGUCUUCGUGGCCAGCAGAUGGGCGAGGAAUUCCGCGGGAAGGGCGUCAACGUGCAACUCGGUCCGAUGAUGAACAUGGGUCGUGUUGCGCAGGGUGGCCGUAACUGGGAGGGAUUUGGCACGGAUGCCUUCCUGAGCGGCGAAGCAGCUUAUGAGACGACGCUCGGCAUUCAGUCUGCAGGCGUGCAGGCGUGCGCGAAGCACUACAUCGACUAUGAGCAGGAGUACAAGCGCACGCAGGAGUCGUCCAACGUCGAUGACCGUACGAAUCACGAGAUCUACCUCAAGCCCUUCCUGCGCGCGGUGAUGGCGGGUACGGCGAGCGUCAUGUGCAGUUACAACAUGAUCAACGACACGUAUGCGUGCGAGAACGACAGGACGUUGAACCAGCUGCUGAAGAGCGAGCUCGGCUUCCGUGGAUACAUCAUGUCUGACUGGGGAGGACAGGAGAGCACUCUGAGUGCGAUGGCUGGUCUUGAUAUGACGAUGCCCGGAGACAUCACGCUCGGCUCCGGCACCUCGUGGUGGGGCCCGAACCUGACUGCGUUCGUCAACAACGCCACGAUCCCGUUGUCGCGCGUGGACGACAUGGCCACGCGUAUACUGGCAGGCUACUACCUCCUCGGCCAAGACCAGAAUUAUCCGAAUGUGUCCUUCAACGCCUUUAAUCCGUACGACACCGUGCACAACCUGAACGUCGACGUGCAGGCGGACCACUACAAGAUCGUGCGCGAGAUCGGUGCGGAAGGCGCAGUCCUGCUGAAGAACACGAACAACGCGCUCCCGCUCGCUGCACCACGCAGCAUCCUCGUCGUCGGCUCGGAUGCGGGCAACAACGCGAUGGGCGCGAACGGGUGCACAGACCGCGGUUGCGAUGAGGGCGUGCUGGGCAUCGGCUGGGGCUCGGGCUCCGCGAACUUCCCGUACUUGAUCUCACCAUUCGACGCUCUGCAGGAGCGCGCACGCCAGGAUGCAACGUCCAUCUCGAACUGGUACCUCGACUGGAACACGGAGGGUGUUGCGGCGAUCGCGAACCUGUCCGACGUCGCGCUCGUGUUUGUGAACUCGGACUCGGGCGAGGGGUACAUCACUGUGGAUGGCAACCUUGGCGACCGCAACAACCUGUCGCUCUGGCACAACGCGGAUAACUUGAUCAACGCAGUCGCGGCGCAGAACCCGAACACAAUCGUCAUCGCGCACUCCGUGGGCCCUUCGAUCAUCGAGCCGUGGGUUGAGAACCCGAACGUCACUGCUAUUGUCUGGGCAGGUGCUCCUGGCCAGGAAGCCGGCAACUCCAUUGUUGACGUCCUUUACGGCGCGUACAACCCGUCUGGGCGUCUGCCCUACACGAUCGCGAAGGCGCUCGAGGACUACGGCGUCUUCCUCGUGCUCGGCGGCGAGGGUGACACGCUUUUGAGCAUCCCGUACGAUGAGGGCCUGUUCUACGACUACCGGCGCUUCGAUCAGUACAACAUCACGCCGAGGUACGAGUUCGGGUUCGGGCUGUCGUACACGACGUUCGAGUACUCCAACCUGGCGACGACCGUCAUCCCGCAGGUGUACGACCCGACGUCCUGGGAUCUCGAAGCUGCGUGGGCGGAGGGUGCGCCGACACCGCAGGGCGAGGGCUCGUCCGUCGCGCUCUGGCUGCACCGCCCGUUCCUCAGUGUGCAGUUCGACCUGCAGAACACGGGCGCGCUCGCGGGCACGGAGAUCCCGCAGGUGUACGUGCACUUUCCCGCGGGCAGCGGCGAGCCACCGAGCUUGUUGAAGGGCUUCGAUACGGUGUACAUUGAAGCGGGCGCAUACCAGUCGGUUGAGAUCACAAUCAGCAGGUACGAGCUGAGCGUGUGGAACGUGGUGGCCCAGGGGUGGCAGAAGCCUAGCGGGGCGUUCACGCUGAGCGUCGGCGCGAGUUCGCGUGACUUCAAGCUGACGGGCGCGAUCCCUAUUUGAGGUGGGUAAGGUGAUAUAUGGACGAGUGUAACCUGUUGUUGUAAAAUGGGUGCCCGAUGGACUCCCUGGAAUUACGAACUCACGAAAGACUAAUGACCGUGGGACUAGUACUUGCUUCAAUUCCUACGGUGAACACUGUAGAUGAUGGUGGACUUUGUUGUUGUUACAUUCUCGCAUUCUCGCAUUCAUUGUUGUCGCACACAUUGCAAUGCAUCAUGGCUGCCGUACAUGGCUGCCGUACAUUCCUGCUCA